GCUGCUCUCAGAGGGGGAUGAAAGAGCCAGGUCAUAUUGCGUCGGUAUAUGUAGAAUACGCCCUGCGCGCCAACUUGCCCACCGACCGCCACCUUGACCGGAAAUGCUGCGUCCCCCAACAAGGCGAUGAGGAAAGGUUACCAACCCCAGAAGAAUGUGCCAAGAAUUUUUUGGAUUCCUUGCCGGAAUGCGAGAAACAAAUGUGCAUGUUAGCCGAACAAAAUGAAGAUGAAGAAGUUUACAAGCUCAUCCGAAGAACUAUACAGAAAUUUUCAACAGAGAAGGAGAUAUCUGAUAUGUUGUACAAGAUUUGGUACAAAGUUUUGCUAAACGGAACAUCAGCAGGCACGUUACUUUCAUGUAUAUCGUUCUGUGGGAUGGUGGCAACAAUUGCCGUGGAGAUGGGAAUUCCUGUUGAUAACAUCACCAAGUCGCUGGAUGAUUUGGUGCAGUCUCGAAAGACUAGUGUUUAUUGGUCCUACUUCAAGAGGGUAGCAGUUCAAGUGGCAUUCUUUGUCGGCAGUCAGUUCCUCAUUUCUGCCUUGUAGCUUAAUAGAUCAAAUAGAUGACAUUCCUUGCUCUACUUCCCGGACGUUCUACAUGAUACGAGACCACUCAAAGAUUGAAGAAUUUGUUCCUAUUCCCGACACACCCAAAAUCAGAUCAGAAAUUUCAAGAUGGUUUCGCCAGCAAAUUGUGAAAAACAAAACAGUUUCUCACCCCCAUUGUAACGACUCGAAAUUGUUCGUCUCCUAAUUGUUGUCUUCAAAUGAAAUGGUAUGUUAGUUUUUUAUAUAUAUAGGCUUAGACGCUGAAUUAAUAUUACGGACAUUUGUCUUCAAAUUAAAUUAUUUUAACCCAUAAAAUACACAUAAAUAACAUAUUGUUUAAUAAAAUAUGUACACAAUUUCACGGCUCAUUGUCUGUUUAAGUUCAGCUUUUAUCAUAAUAGUGGUAGAAAAAUAAAUCACGGAAAAAGGUAGCAUUUUAAAGAAAUAAUUAGAAAAUGAAUUUUGUUUUGAUACGAUUCUAAGUAGUAUGUUUCAUUGGCUGCAGUAACAUUUAAAAUGUCUCCUGCCAUCAUAAUAUUAAAGUCCAAAAGUCAAAUACCCUAGUAUUAUGCCUACCUCCCACUUUAUUUUAUUCCAAUAUGUAUGUCCGUCCUAAAAUAGCUUCUUUAAAGGCCAUCCUGUGGAUAGAAAUAUUCUGUAUUUAGGAAAGAAACCUGCUCUCUCCGUCAUAUAUCGACUGACAUUAUGGUUUCAGUAUAACAAUUCCUACUGCUGACUUAAGGAAUCGUAUCAUAGCGAAUUGGAUAGCCUAGCCUUGACUGUAUUUACGUUUUAAGUGUCAACUUGCAUCGAUUAAUCGGUAUCUGCCAUUCAAAUACUAAUUGCGGUCCAUAAAUUGGAGCUGUUAUUAAUUUAGGAUAUCAUCUAGUUAUAAUGCUAUAAAAUUACUCGAUUUACCAGGCUUAAUUUAGUUGAUUCCUAGGUAUGUUUAUAUAACCGACUAGUCAGUGGCUUGCUGAUGAAGCUAGAACUAGGAAUGAUAACGAAUUUGGUUGGGCACAUUUUACACAUCUUAUAUUAAAUUAUUGCAUUUUGGAAUUUUUGACCUUCUUGAUACAAAGUUACACAUUGACGGCUGUACAUUUGAAAGGUGUGCCGAUUUUUAUUAGAAUGAAUUCCCAUUGGUUAAUGAGCGAACUAAUAUCGACCAUAUACCCGAUUUUCCGCAGAAAAUAAAUGAUUUCGAGCGAUCAAAAAGUUUGGAAGAUUUGAUAUGCUAUUUUCAAGAUGAAAAUCAUUUUUUG